CCCUAGCAAGUAAUCCCAUCCAUAUCUAUCCAGUUUCAGGUUUCUUGAAAGCGAUGAUCAUGGCCAAAGCCCCCAUCAAUGGCAUUCUCCUUCUCAGCCGGCGAUCGUACAGAGCACUAGCGGAGAAGAGGGCGGCGGCAAGUGCUAUGAGGAAGGUGGCGAAUGAGGAGGAGGAGAAGAAGGUGUUCUGGAUGAGAGAUCCCAAGAGUGGGAACUGGAUACCGGAGAGCCACUUCGAUGAGGUUGAUGUUGCAGAGCUGAGAGAGAAGUUUCUCUCCAAGAAGAAGGGCAAACUUUGAACUAGAUCUUCUGAUAACUGUGGAUUUUUCUUGAUCUAUAAUCCCUUAUUUGUGAUAUGACACGAUACGAUUUA